AUGCCAAUUCAAAUUAAAAAGAAACUUGAAUAUCCCCAAUCCAAUUUGUUUUGGGGUAGUGAUUACACUGGUAGAAAAAUUCCAUGGAUUGCUUGGAAUUCAGUUCUUGCUUCAAAAUCUAAAGGAGGUUUAGGUAUCGACAGUCUUGAAGCCUUUAAUUUUUCCCUUCUUGAAAAGUGGAUACGGAGGUUGAUCUUUGUGCGCGUCAACAUUCAUUCGUUCAUUCGCUCCUCUCUUUCCCCACCUUUGCUAGAUUGCGCCGGGAGGGGGUGUAAACUGAAAUAUUCCUUUUGUAUCUGGUAUAAGUGUGUGUAUAUAUUUAUAUAUACGCUAUUUUUAGGGCUUUUUCUUCGACUCUCUUCCGACUCUUCAAUGGCCGCUCCACCGGCAAGGGCACGGGCAGAUUAUGAUUACCUCAUUAAGCUCCUUUUGAUCGGCGAUAGCGGUGUGGGGAAGAGUUGCCUUCUUUUGCGUUUUUCUGAUGGUUCUUUCACUACUAGUUUUAUCACUACCAUUGGUAUUGACUUUAAGAUAAGAACCAUUGAACUUGAUGGCAAACGUAUCAAACUCCAAAUUUGGGACACAGCUGGUCAAGAACGAUUCCGAACAAUCACAACUGCUUACUACAGAGGAGCCAUGGGCAUUUUGUUGGUGUAUGAUGUCACUGAUGAGUCAUCUUUCAAUAACAUAAGAAACUGGAUUCGCAACAUCGAACAACACGCCUCCGACAAUGUGAACAAGAUCUUGGUUGGAAACAAGGCCGAUAUGGAUGAAAGCAAAAGGGCUGUGCCUACCGCAAAAGGCCAAGCACUUGCAGAUGAAUAUGGCAUUAAAUUCUUUGAAACCAGUGCAAAAACUAAUCUAAAUGUGGAGCAAGUUUUCUUUUCGAUUGCGAAGGAUAUCAAGCAAAGGCUUUCAGACACUGAUACCAAGGCUGAGCCAACGACAAUUAAGAUAAACCAAGCAGAUGGGGGUGGUGGGAAUGGUGAAGCUGCACAGAAGUCGGCUUGCUGUGGGUCUUAAAGUGGAUGGAAAAACUAAGUGUGAGGGGUUAUUUUGUAAUUUUCAACUUAUCUGCUAUUCUUUUUUUAAAAAUUGUGUUAGUGGCAUGUGUGAAACAUAGGUUCUGGAUUCCUUCUUCUUGCAGGAUAUGCUUCAUUAUAAUCUUUUUUGUUUCACUUUUAGCUUGUGGGUUUAUUAUUAUAUCUUAAAAGUCUAGAAGUAAAUGCAAGAAAUAACAAUCUAUUUUAUUUUUUGUCAUCCUAUUUUCAUUUCUUGCUAUUUCAAAUAGGUACAACUGAAGUAUACUGUUAUUUCUUGCAUUUAUUUAAUUUCAACUUCAUCUUGUUUGCAAA